AUGUCCUCUCGGCAAAAUCACUCCCAACUAACCCAAGCCAUUCACCCUGUCAAGGCUGCCGUGCACGAAAGAAACGGUGCUAUCAUGUCGGUGUCACCGAAAGACCAUACGCCGCCAGACGCGGCGAAAGGUCAAUCACAGACCCGUCCGAGCCGUGUCAGUCUGUACAACCCAGAAUCCGUCUUGACAGAUCUUUCUAUGGAUUCUACAGGGGCAAGACUUGCGGACAAGGCUGGCACUUGCCAAGUGCAUUCACGUCGCAAAGAGAAAGACUUGAAUACAUCUGAAGAAGGUAUUUCUCUAGAGGAAAGAUCUCUUCGCCAGCGCAAUUGGUACGAUCGUCACCGUCUCAAUUCCAGGCGGCCUGAAAUUUCAGACAAUCAACGAAGAUAUCUUGAGGAAGAGGGUGCUUACCUCGAAUUGCCAAAGUCGACGACUGACAUCCUUCUGCCAAUUUACAACAUGCUCUUAGAUGACCUCAUUCCAGUACUAGAUGGGGCUGCAAUAUUUCGGGACUACAGUAACGGGCAGGCAUCCAUAUUUCUCCUCAGAGCAGUCUCCCUCAUUGCCUGUAAAUUCAGACAGGCAGCCCCAUUUCUGAGAAUCUGUGAGGAUGGCGCUAUCCUGGAUCAGAGACAUUUUGCUUCUAUAUUACUCAAAAGUCUUGAUGUCUCUAUCAAGGCAGAUCUCGAGCCCGACCGGAUCACCAAAGUUCAAAUUUUAGCCUUGAUGCACCUACACAACGACGGCCUGAGUGGACUAGACCGCUCCUCAGGGUAUCUUUCCCAGGCUAUAUCCGAAGCGUGGGCAAUCUCACUGCACGUAAAGGUUCCCGUUAAUUCCGGCCAGGAGCGUUGCGAUUUUUUGUGGUGGACACUACGAAAUUUUGAUCGGCUGAACAAGCCCGUCAUGGGCGCUGCUCCGUUCAUGAUUGAUGAUACAGACAUUGGAGUUGAACGCAUUGCUCCCCGAAAGGAUCACUACCGGUCCCAGCUAAUGGCCAUAUCUCUCUCUCUCGGAGAUUUGAUGAAAACGGCAACUAGGAUUUACAAAGCUAGCUCAACAGCAACGGACGACGACUUUGAUGCAUUUCCGACAUUCUCUGAGCUGACCACUAAUGUCUGCAUGGAUGGGUUCCAGAGAUCCCACAGAUUGUACUUACAAAUUUGGUACCACGUCGCCGCGAUGCUCUCCUGUCGCUAUAGCGGGCCGGAGAGCGUCCAGUAUCAGCGACGACUAUCUUCUGCUGAUAGUGUACUGCGCAUCGUCUGUCUGGAAGAGCCUGCCAAUCUACCGCCUCUUCCUCUUGUACCUUAUGCUAUGUCAAUGUCUACCACGGUGGUCUAUCGCGCUCUUAGGGAUGGCGAGCGAGCACCAGAAGAAGCGUACAAAGAUCUUGGAGCAUGUUACGAUAACCUCGUCAUCCUCAGUCGACUUUGGACCAGUGCAAAGGGAGUUGCUAGGUUAGUGAGGCGUCUGCAACAAUUUACCAGGCCCAGUGCACCUCCCAUUCGAACCACAGAGGGCGCCCCGUGCACUUGCGACGACACACAUCAACACGCAAACGUCACUAGGAACCCAAUCAGCAACUUGAAUAACCUUCAACGACAUGGACCAACCCAAGAUGUGACUGGAAGCUCAGUGUUACCUGUUUCGAGCUUGGUGCAGCCCAGUGAGGCCUUUCUGCCACCAGAUGAAUCCACAGAUGAUGAUGGUCAAUCGGGUCACCGGGCUGCCACUUGGUUCGUUGAUGGGCUAUCUUACUCUCAUUUUGACAGGGCCUUUUAUGAUUUCUUCGAUUACGGCAUGCCCAGCCUUUUUCGCGAUUUGGCAACCUGGGAUUUUCUCCAAUCAGACGCGAAUGAUGAUCUAGAAGUUUCAUCAUUAAACCAUUAG